AUGAAGUCUAGAAAGCGAGAGGACCACGUUGCAGACCUCAGAAAGGUCUUUGAGCGCAUGCGGCUACACAAACUAAAGAUGAAUCCGGCCAAGUGCGUUUUCGAAGUUCAGGCUGGUGACUUCCUAGGUUUCAUUGUCCACCAAAGGGGCAUUGAGGUCCCUAAGAAUAAGGCAAACGCGGUCAUCAACGCGUCUCCCCUACGAACGAAGAAGGAAUUACAAAGGUUAUUAGGCAAGAUCAAUUUCCUGCGGCGGUUCAUCUCUAACUCCGUUGAGGCAGGGGAAGUCUUGGAAAACCCAGUUGGGGAUCGGUUUUCGUACUCUUUCCAACUGGAGGUCAAGUGUACAAAUAACCAAGCCGAGUAUGAGGCCCUUAUUAUAGGCCUAGAAGUGUUACUAGAGUUGGGGGUUGGAGACGUCCAGGUUCGCGAAGACUCCCUACUCGUCAUUAAUCAGCUUCGCGAGAAGUUCAGGUGCACUAGCUUUUUACUCGCCCCUUAUUUGGAUCGCGCACUUGAACUCCUGGAUCAAUUUGAUGAUGCGGAUCUAGAGCAUAUCCCUCGCGAGCGCAAUUUUGCUGCUAACGAGCUCGCCCAAUUGGCAACAGGUAUAACUUUAAAGUAUGGGGUUCGCGAGAGGAUUUUAAAAGUAGAGCGACGCUCGCUGCCUUCGUGGCUCGCGAGGCCUGAUCCACCUGAUGAGCCAGCAGUGGCUAUUUUGGAACCUAUUGAAGUGGAUUGGCGUGUUCCCUUGAUCGCAUACCUCAAGCAGCCAGACUCCUCAGCCGAUAAGAAGAUCCGUUUUCUCGAUAUAAAUUACUUUCUCAGGAACGAUGAGCUACGGCAGCGGGGCGAGGAUGGCAUAGAUUUCCGGUGUAUUUACGGUCGCGAGGCCAAGCGCUUGAUGCGAGAGGUGCAUGCAGGCGUGUGUGGGGCUCACCAAGCGGGCCCAAAAAUGCGUUGGCUCAUCAGGAGACAUGGUUAUUAUUGGCCCAGCAUCUUAAGGGAUUGUAUCGAGUUCGCGAAGGGUUGCCAGGAUUGCCAGGCACACGGACCAGUCCAGCACAUUCCCAACAUCCCCAUGCAUCCUAUAAUUAAGCCCUGGCCGGCACGUGGCUGGGCCCUGGACUUGAUUGGCAUGAUUCAUCCUCACUCUUCUCUUCAGCACAAGUUCAUCAUCGUCGCUACUAACUUCUUUACUAAAUGGGUAGAAGCCGAGCCUUUAAAGGAGGCUUCCGGCGCCACCAUUUGGCAAUUCAUCUUUAAUCACAUUAUUUGCAAGUUUGGCGUCCCAGAGGUCUUGGUCUCUGACAGGGGAGCAGCAUUCCUGGGUCGCGAAGUGGAGUAG